AUGUUAAUAAAUAAAAUUUUAUUUUUAUUUUUUAUUCUAUCACUAACAAUAUUUAAUAUUGUUGAUGCUGGUUAUACUUUAUCUGUUAAAGGAAAAAAGUUAAUAUAUACUGGUGCCAAUGUAGAUUUCAAAAUUACUGAAAUUUUGUUAACUUCCCAAAAAAUAUUACCAGAUUACUCAAUUACAUUCACUUGUGAAAUUCCAUCUGCCAAUAGCCCUGUUUGUACGAGUAUGGAUAUGGACUUUACAAAAUUAGCUGGAAAAUUAACUCUAAGGGGAGCAAAUUUAAAAACCCCAAAUAUAGUAAUUGCCUAUGAUAUUAAAGCCAAUCAAAUUCCACUACCAUUACCAACUGAGGUUAAAUGGGAACCACCAACAAUGGCUGGUACAGCUGCUCUUAUGACUGGAGAUUUCUUAUUAUUUGGUGAAGAUGUUACAACUCUUCCUGGUGUUUACAAUUCAAAACCAGUGUCAUUGGGUGUUUCAUCAAAUACUGACGCAACCAAAAUAAUGGUUAAAAGUCCAGGUGGUUAUGGUUCAAUGAAAGUUACAUUUGGUUCUAUGAGUUUUCCGGUAAACUUUUCUAGACCAGUUGUUUCCGCAGUGGCAAUUACAAAUAAUCAAAUUUCAAUCAGUGGUCAAAACUUUUGGAUCGAUAAAAAGGUUAUCAGUGUAAAAUUGGGUGAGGAUGAUCUUAGUGCUUCAAUUACUUCAAGUGAUACAUCAAAAAUUUUAAUUGACUAUGAUUCAAAAUAUUCUUCAAACUCAUCGUUACUUAUUACUGUCGGUGGUAAUUCCCAAACUGCUGCUUAUUAUGUUACAAUCCCUUCAUAUCCUCAAGCAAUUGAUAAAUCUGUUUCUAAAGGAACUGGUGGUCUAAUCACUAUCUCUGGUAAAUGCUUAAAAGGAUCUGGUCCAUCUGUUACAUCUGUUUUAGUAGGUGCAUACACAUGUGCUGUUGUUGGUGCUCAAAUAUCAACAGAAAUAAUGUGUCAAUUACCACCUGCUUCAAAAGAGAAUGGUUCAAAGGAUCUAAAAGUUGUUAUUACUAUAGAUGGUAUUAAAAAUACCAAUCAAUUAUUAUACUCUUAUGGAAUACCACAAAUUACCAAAAUUGACCAAAAACCAGGAGCAUCUUUAUUCACUAUUACCGGUUCAAACUUGGGUAAAACCGAUUCAGUUAUUCGUGUUGCAACAGGUGGCUCUCCAACCCCAUUUGACCUUUCUGUUGUAGGUUUUGAUGAUGAAAAGGAAUCUUAUUUAACAUUUAACUUACCAACAAACUCAUCAAAGAGUGCAGUUACAGUCUAUGAUGGUCAAGAUACUUCAAAUAAUUUUGAUGUCACACCAACACCAUUUAUUUCUAAUUUAAAAGCUCUCCCAUCAACAGAUGGUCAAGAAAUUAAUUUCAUCGGUGGUUAUCUUGAUUCAAAAGCAAAAGCAACUAUUUCCCUUUUGGAUGCAAGAAAUCAAAGUGUUGAUUGUUCAGAUUUCUUAAUUAGUCCAGAUUCAUCAUCUGCUACUUGUAAACUUGCACCAGGAUGUGGUUCAAUUAAAUCUACAAUUGUUAUUGGUGAAAACUCAAUUCCACUAGAUUUUAACUACCAAUCCCCAAGUUCUUUAGUCGCAAAACAAAUGUCUGAUAAUAAAUUACAAAUUAGUGGCAAAAACCUUGGUCCAAAUUCAAAAUAUAUAAAGUUAGACAUGAACGGAAACGAACUGUUAGCUUCCUCUCUUGAAAAUGGUACUGUUUCAUUCGAUUUGCCAAGUACAUUAUUGAGUGAUUCAUAUGCCACCAUUUCAGUUGAUGGUAUUAAAAACUCAGACUCUGACCAACUUGAUGUCGAGCUUCAACCAGUUGUCAAAUCAAUUACUCAAUCACAAACCUCUGGAUCAACUGUGACAAUUAAAGGUUCAUUCUUUAAUAAAAAGGACACUGGUUUGAAAAUUAUGGUUGGAAAUCAUUCAUGUGAUUCUUUGACUAUUGUAGAUACCCAAACACUUACUUGCUCUGCUCCACCAGGAAGUGGUAUUAAAAAUGCUGUUUCAUUCAUGGUUAAAGAUGCUGAAUCAAAAUUAUCACCACCAUUGUUUUUAGAUUAUAGUCCACCAACCAUUAUGUCAUCAACAAGUGUAAAACAAGUUGAAGGUGGUCAAGUUACUAUUUAUGGUACCAAUUUUGAAAAUACUUUGAUUACAGUAAAUGUUGGAAGUAAAUCAUGUGAAGAUGUUUCUGUAAUAGAUUCAACCAAACUUACUUGUUCAAUUUCAAAAUCAACAAUAGAUCCUUCAUUAACAAAUAAGAAAUUGGCCGUAAAUGUUACUGUAAAUGGUCAAUCUGCUAAUGGUGAAGUAUUUGAAUAUGAUAAUGAAGCACUCAAUACUGAAACUCCUAAACCAACAUUAGCACCAACUAUAAAACCAACUGAAAAACCAACUGAAAAACCAACUGAAAAACCAACAACAUCUCCAAUAGAUAAACACAUUGAAAAUAGUUCUUCUAAAAUUUCUAAUUCAUUAAUUUUAAUUUUCUCAUUAUUAUUACUAAUCCAAAUAAUUUAA